AUCAUGCAUGUUUCAUUGUUUUGGCUAUUUCUCAAGAAGACAUUCACCAUUGACACAGUUGUGUCGGCAUACAGCCAUAUUGUGAAUGCUUCAAUGCUCAUAGGAGGAUACCACUCACAACAUAAACAAUCUCGAUGAAAUCAAUAAUAAUAAUAAUUAUUAUUGUUAUUGUAAUUCUAAUUCAUUCAACGUAUAUAGUGCUUUUCAAAGAAUCUCAAACCGUUUCCUCCCAGGAUGGAUUAUUACAAAUCUAUGUCAUUGUGCCACUAUCAAAUUAAUGAUAAAGAAUUCAGAACCCUCAGUCAAUAACCUACCGGUAUGUAUCAAAUUGAUAAAUAUCAAUAUUCAUCUGCAGAAAACAUCUCCUCGGAAUCAUGUCACGCUCAGCGGCCAAAUCUCGUGACAAGAGUCGUGCUGCCAGCUUGGUUCUGGCACCUGCUCUUCCUCGCCCUGCCUCGGUCCAGAAUGUGGAGACAGUGGACAUUGUCCCAGGUCGCCUCACGGAAGCCGCCUGGGUCACCAUGACAACACAGGACAACGGGGAGGAGGUGGUGGCGGAGAUCAUGGGAGAGCUGGAGGCUGCAGUGAUGGACAGGUGCUAUCAGCUGUACCUGCAAAAACAGCUGGUGCCGUUCACAGUGACCUGGGCCUAUGAAAGCCUGGUGCAGAUGUCUGACUGGCUGUUCCUGGCGAGGGAUGAGGGUGAGGGGCCAGAGAGUGCCACCUUGUGGGGGGAGGACACAGAGCCUGAACCCUGUAAGAGCGACUCAUGGGCCGAGGGCUGUGUUCCUGUCCGGUACACCAGUGUGAGCUCACACACACCUCUUUUGCAGAAGUUGCUGGAUUUGCACCUGGCAGAGUCUGUCGAUCCAUGGGACUCAGAUACACAGAGCAAACACCAGUCUCCAAGUAGACAGGACAGCAAACCCCAGUCUCCCAGUAGACAGGACAGCAAACCCCAGUCUCCCAGUAGACAGGACAGCAAGCUCCAGUCACCUACAAAGCCAGAGCCUCCAGACAGAGAGAGAACAGUCCUAGCAAAAAAAAGAAUAGUGGAUUCAACUGAACCUGAGAAGCUAGACAAUGCAGAGAAGAUAGGACCAGAGGAAGUCCAACCCUCACCUUACCUCACUGUAGCCACCUAUAAAGCACAGAGGAGGAGACAGUCUCAGACCCAACCAGGUGUACACAAGGCCCUACCACCACCUCUGAAGACCUACAAAGCCUUAUUCACCCCUAGUGGACCAACCCAGCAGUACCAGAGCCUCUCUGUACCCCAACUUCAGGGGCAUAGACCACGAGAGGUCCCAGUCCCUAGGAGACUGGACCCCGCUAGACUACCACAACACCAUGUCUGGCCCGAGGUGGAGGUCCUGGAGCCUUGGCCCUCACACCGCUCAAAGGAGAGAACAGGGCCCAAAAACAGGGCCCCCCUCCGGCCCAAUCAGGACCAUCACAGCAUGGCACACCGAGCCACCAUCACCCCCCUGACUGCCCACACCCACCAGGCUUUACCCAGCAAGACCCAGAAGAAGAGUCUCCACCAUGGUGUCCAGCUACAGAGGCACGUGCUCCGAGACGGUACCCAGCCAAGGGGCUCGACUGUGGGCUACACUCCGCUCUCCACUGGCCUCGAUCUGGAUACCAUUGAGCUGGUGCCAGGAGUGGCCAUUGGGGACCCAGUAUGUGGGACUGGGGAAAACAAGCCGUUCUGGGUUUCCCGUCUGCCUGAGCUGAGGCCCAUCAGAAGCAGCCUCCCGGCAAUGUUGUGGUCCUUGGAUCAGGUGGUGGGGGGGCAGAGCCCUCGAGUCAGUGCCCCCACUGGGAAACACUGGGCAUGAGGAGCGAUAGGAACCACUGCAGUCUCAAUCACACUGCAGCCUAAUGGACUGUUAUUUGAUGAAUUGGUGCUGAAUUGCUUUUAUUUAAUAAAGAGAAGAUGUGAAUUGCAUUUUCUAUUCUAAGUUUAAUUUAAGCUAUUCCAGCAUGUAUAAGCCCUCUUCCAAAUGUUGUGGUUGUUUAAGGAAGUCCACCUAGCAUCUAACCCUAUUUAAAUCAGGGACUGCAUUUGAGUUUGUGUAUUUAUUUUGAUGCUUUUCUUCUGUGAGAUAGUGAGUGCUCCCAUGUACUUGAACCUCUACCUCCCAUGUAUUGUUACAUUGUUACAUAGUUACAUAACAACACGGUGAUAUUGUUACAUGAUUGUUACUGAUCACCUGUUUGUUUUCAGCUUUGACUUGUUCAUAGAUGUCCUGAGGUUUGAUGUUAAUGCAGUUCAAUACUUGACCCCAUGAUGGCAGUGAGGAUCAUAUUAUAACAUUUGUCAUCAUAAUGGUUCUGAGCAAAUUCAAGAGUUGUUUGCUAGGGUGCACCAAGAAUAUGCAACGACAACAGACGACCAAGGAAAAUACAUUAAACACCAUUGUUCAGGUCUAGCUCAACGCUUCAUACAUUUACUUUAUUUUAGACAUAUAUUAUCUUUUGUAAUGACAUUCAUUCUCACCACCGAAAACUGAGUCUUAUCAACCAUUGAGAAGAGUAUUUAAAAAAACAUCUAUGGGCAAUUAUUCUGUGUUGAGUUCCUGCAUAGCGAUAAGGGCAAUGUUUUUCUGUUUUUAUUGAAAGCAAUACUAAAAUAUCCCCCAGCUAAUUUUGCACUGUAUGCAUGAAUUGUUUACCAUAUGUGGCCCCUCAACAUAAAGAUCUUACUUUUACUAUA